GUGGGGUUCGCCCACAGCUUCUUCAUAAUACCGUUUGAGGUUAUAUCCAAAUCCAUGGGUUGAGAAACCCAAUUCCCCUGAAAUUUCCUCAGAAACACAGAGACCUGUCUCUCUUCUCAAAUCGAGAAUGGAAAACGAAAAUGGAAGCGAGAGGAUACUGGUGGUGAACCUUGUUACACAGAGUAUGAUUGUGAUCGAGGGACGUUCGAGGUUGGAAGCUCUAUUGCGCGAUUUGGGUGGGAAGGAGGGCCACCCAUCGGCCUCCAAGGCGUCCAUACAAGCGCUUCCCACCGUUCAGGUCAAGGCAGAGGAGCUGCCUUGCGAGUGCCCCAUCUGUUUGAACGAGUGGGAGAUGGGUUGUUUAGCCAACCAACUGCCCUGCACACACAAAUUCCAUCGCGAUUGUAUACAGAAAUGGCUUGGCAUCCAUGGGACAUGUCCGGUUUGUCGGUACAAGAUGCCCGUUGAUGAGAAGGAAAACGGCGUCGGAGUGGAGGCAAGGAGGGCGAGGGAGAUUUGGGUUGCCUUUUCUUUCAAUAACGAUACGAGAUUUGAGGGUUAGAAUCCAUUGCUCUGUUUGUGGGUUUGGAAUUAUUGUGUAUACACUAAAUAAUAAUAAAUCAUGUAAUUCAAA